GAGCCCUCUACAGGGACGUCAUGCAGGAGAACUACGAGACGGUGACCUCGCUGGGAUUUCCCAUUCCCAAACCUGAGCUGAUCGCACAGCUGGAACGAGGGGAAGAGCCGUGGGUGCCCGAUCUCCAGGCCGGUGAGGAAAGAGAGGUCCUGAGAUGCACCUGCACAGCAGGUGCUGAGAGAGUCAAUGAGGAGGCGGAGGGGAACCAUCAUGAGGAAGAUCCGGGGGAAGUGGAACCACAGGGCACAUUUAUGGGAAGAGCUGACGGGAAUUUUUCCCAGUGCUGGGAACAGGGAGAAGCUUGUGGAAAUUGGCACAGGUCAGAGAGGCUGAUGGGAAACCACCCAGGGAAGAAAGUGGAUGAAUCUAUGAACUGUGGGAUAGGAGACAGGGAUCCCACAGCCCAGCGGACAAAUCCCAAGGAAGAGAAACCCUACCACUGCCUGCAGUGUGGGAAAGGAUUCAUUGUGAGACCACAGCUUGUUACAAAUCAGACAAUCCAUGCGGGAGAGAAACCUCUUCAAUGCUUGGUCCCUGCGAAAAUCUUCAAUAUCUGCUCAGACAUUAAUAACCAUGGUAAAAGUCCCAUAGGAGAGAAAUCCUAUCAAUGCCUCGAGGGUGGGAACUGUUUGAAUUCAGCACUAAUUACACAUCAGAUAAACCACACAGGAGAGAGACACCAAAAGUGCUUGAGCUGUAGGAAAAGUUUCAGAAAUACAUCAGACCUUGUUAAACAUCAGACAUUCCACACAGGAGAGAGACCCCAUAAGUGCUUGGACUGUGGGAAAAGUUACAUACGGAGGUCAGAGCUUGUUAGACAUCAGAGAAUCCACACAGGAGAGAGACCCCAUAAGUGCUUGCACUGUGGAAAGGGUUUCACACAGCGAUCAUAUCUUGUAACACAUCAGAGGAUCCACACAGGAGAGAGACCCCACAAGUGCUUGGACUGUGGGAAAAGUUUCAUAUGGAGGUCAGAGCUUGUUAAACAUCAGAGAAUCCACACGGGAGAGCGACCCCAUAAGUGCUCAGACUGUGGGAAAAGUUACACACGGCGUUCAGACCUUGUUAGGCAUCAGGCAAUCCACACAGGAGAGAGACCCCAUAAGUGCUUAGACUGUGGAAAAGGCUUCAUACGGAGGUCACUACUUGUUAAUCAUCAGGCAAUCCACAUAGGAGACAGACCCUACAAGUGCUUGGACUGUGGGAAAAGUUACAUGCGGAGGUCAGAACUUGUUAAUCAUCAGGCAGUCCACACAGGAGAGAGACCCCAUAAAUGCUUAGACUGUGGAAAGAGUUUCACACAGCGAUCAUAUCUUGUAGCACAUCAGAGGAUCCACACAGGAGAGAGUCCCCAUAAGUGCUUGGACUGUGGGAAAUGUUUCAUACAGAGGCCAGACCUUAUUAAACAUCAGGCAAGCCACACAGGAGAGAGAACCCAUAAGUGUUUGGACUGUGGAAAAAGUUUCAUACGGAGAUCAGACCUUGUUAGACAUCAGGCAACCCACACAGGAGAGAGACCCCACAAGUGUUUAGUCUGUGGAAAAGGUUUCUUGCGUAGGUCAGAGCUUGUUAAACAUCAGAUAAUCCACACAGGAGAGCGACCCCAUAAGUGCUCAGACUGUGGGAAAAGUUACACACGGCGUUCAGACCUUGUUAGGCAUCAGGCAGUCCACACAGGAGAGAGACCCCAUAAGUGCUUAGGCUGUGGAAAAAGCUUCAUACGGAGGUCACUACUUGUUAAUCAUCAGGCAAUCCACACAGGAGACAGACCCCACAAGUGCUUGGACUGUGGGAAAAGUUACAUGCGGAGGUCGGAACUUGUUAGUCAUCAGGCAGUCCACACAGGAGAGAGACCCCAUAAAUGCUUAGACUGUGGAAAGAGUUUCACACAGCGAUCAUAUCUUGUAACACAUCAGAGGAUCCACACAAGAGAGAGUCCCCAUAAGUGCUUGGACUGUGGGAAAUGUUUCAUACAGAGGCCAGACCUUAUUAAACAUCAGGCAAGCCACACAGGAGGAAGAACCUAUAAGUGUGUGGACUGUGGAAAAAGUUUCAUACGGAGAUCAGACCUUGUUAGACAUCAGGCAACCCACACAGGAGAGAGACCCCACAAGUGUUUAGUCUGUGGAAAAGGUUUCUUGCAUAGGUCAGAGCUUGUUGAACAUCAGAGAAUCCACACAGAAGAGAGACCCGACAAGUGAUUGGACCGUGGGAAAAUUUCACGCAGAGAUCACACCUCAUAAACAUGAGAGAAUCCACACAGGAUCUAAACUUCUCUGACAGAGACAGGAAGUGUUAAGGAAAUUGCAUGUAAUUGACCUAGAUUAGACCUUUAGAGACAUGUUAGAAAAGUGUGUCCUCCUCAGAUAAACUAGAGCUUCGAGAGGUAACCGUGUAUUGUUAAAGACAUGGAAGAAGAUGGUAACUGUAGUAGUCUUUGUUUAGCUGUAUCUUGUUAGAGGUUAUCAAUGGAAAUCAAUGGUUCCUGUCUAGGGCUCUAUUCUGUGAAUUCAGAGAUCAAAAGGGAAUAUUAACAUUUAGAUAAAACUUGGUUGUAAUAAUGUCAUUGUUUGUCUCCUGAAAGUUUGUGGUAAACUGUCUAUGACAGUGGUCCCCAACCUUUUUGUGGCCAGUAGCACGUUCAUAUUUUCAGAAGAAUGUGGCGGGCGCCAACAAUUUUUCAAGGCUUAUUUUGUAUUUGUACAUUAAAUAAUACGAAAAACAUCAUAUUUGAUAUUACAUAAUAUA